CCAGCCUGUAGCUGUCAUCUGUCAGCGGUUCCCUGGUUUUGGUUCACGCCGGGGACGGCUCACAUUCCACCGCGUAGCUCAUUCGCCGCCGUCCGCUGAGGAGAGAAAAACCGGGCGGACCACAACAGAACAGCGAAGUGGCGUGAAAUCUUUUUUUCUUUCAAUUUUGGGACAGGAUGAACAACAGUUUCUUGAGCAUGGCGUCGAUCGGCGAGUUCGACCCGCUCAACGCGUCGAUACCUGCCACCAAAGUUGAAAUCACAGUUUCCUGCAGAAACCUGCUGGACAGAGACACUUUCUCCAAAUCGGACCCAAUCUGCGUCCUCUACACGCAAGGCAUGGGCAACAAGGAAUGGAGAGAGUUUGGGAGAACCGAGGUGAUCGACAACACGCUUAAUCCGGACUUUGUGCGGAAAUUCAUUUUGGACUACUUCUUUGAAGAGCGGCAGAACCUUCGAUUUGACUUGUACGACGUCGACUCCAACAGCGCCAACUUAUCGAAACACGACUUUCUGGGCCAGGCUUACUGUACGCUCGGCGAAGCCGUCGGAUCUUUGGGCAGCCGCUUAGAAAAGCCUCUCGGAGGCAUUACCGGCAAGAAAUGCGGCACGAUCAUCGUGAAAGCCGAGGAGCUGAACAACUGCAGAGAGUCCGUUAUGAUGCAGUUUUGCGGGAACAAGUUGGACAAGAAGGAUUUUUUCGGCAAGUCGGACCCCUUCCUGGUCUUCUACAGGAGCAACGAGGACAGCACGUUCACCAUUUGCCACAAAACAGAAGUGGUGAAGAACACAUUGAACCCAGUGUGGCAGGCUUUUAAAAUCCCCGUUCGGGCUCUUUGCAACGGCGAUUAUGACAGAACAAUCAAGGUUGAGGUGUACGACUGGGAUAGAGACGGCAGUCAUGACUUUAUUGGAGAUUUCAGCACCAGCUACAGAGAAUUAUCCCGAGGGCAGAGCCAAUUCAACGUCUACGAGGUGGUAAAUCAAAAGAAGAAAGACAAAAAGAAAAAAUACCUCAACUCUGGAACGGUAACACUGUUGUCGUUUCUCGUGGAUAUCGAAGUCACCUUCCUGGACUACAUUAAGGGCGGGACGCAGAUUAACUUCACAGUGGCCAUUGACUUCACAGCUUCUAACGGUAACCCAGCCCAGCCCACCUCACUCCACUACAUGAGCCCCUACCAGCUGAACGCUUACGCCAUGGCCCUGAAAGCGGUCGGAGAGAUCAUUCAGGACUACGACAGCGACAAGAUGUUCCCCGCUCUCGGUUUUGGAGCCAAACUGCCUCCUGACGGACGGAUCUCCCACGAAUUUGCUUUGAACGGGAACCCUCAGAAUCCUUACUGUGCAGGAAUCGAUGGCGUGAUGGAAGCGUACUACCAGAGCCUGAAGUCGGUCCAACUUUACGGUCCAACAAACUUUUCCCCCGUGGUUAACCACGUCGCCAGGUAUGCUGCAUCCGUGAAAGACGGAUCGCAGUACUUCGUCCUGCUCAUCAUCACCGACGGCGUCAUCUCAGACAUGGCCCAGACCAAGGAGUCCAUAGUCAACGCUUCCUGUCUGCCCAUGUCGAUCAUCAUCGUGGGGGUUGGACCAGCCGAAUUUGACGCCAUGAUUGAAUUAGACGGCGACGAGGUCCGAAUUUCAUCCCGAGGAAGAUAUGCAGAGAGAGAUAUCGUUCAGUUCGUCCCGUUCCGUGACUACAUCGACCGGACGGGGAACCACAUCCUCAGCAUGGCCCGUCUAGCCAAAGACGUCUUGGCCGAGAUUCCGGACCAGUUCCUCUCCUACAUGAGGACCCGCGGUAUCAAACCGGCGCCCGCCCCGCCUCCCUACACGCCUCCGGGACAGCCCAUCCAAACACAAAUAUGAAGAAAAGGAAAUCCGUUUUUUCCAAGCCGCUCGAUUGCCGUUCUUGUGUUCUGGAACAGCUGCUUACCGGGCCGGGAGAUUGGACUCUGAGGGGGAGGGGGAGAGGGGGGAGAAAUCCUAUCUGUUUACUUCCACUGUCAAGCAUUCCUGGAAAAAAAAAAAAACGGGAUGACGACAAGAAAAGAGGCAGCAGGUUACUUUUGAAGGAAUCUCACGGGAAGCUCAUUUCAGCUGUAAAUAACUAUAACCUGUUUGUCUUGCUCUCAAACUAACCCACUGUUUACAGUAAGAAUUUUUACUGUUCCUACUUUUAUAUUUUCACUAUCAAGCCUGUGAUAUUCUCUCUUUCUCUGUCCUGACAUGCGCGUCAGGUCUCAGCAGUGCAGGUCCCGGUAGCCCUUGUGUGCCGUACCGUGCCGUACUGGUGUUUUCUGAAGCUUUUUUUGCAUGAGUGUAGCCUGGACCACGUGCAUGCAUAGAAGCGGCCCUGCACUACCUCUUCCAACCAUGCGUCUGUCUUGAGGUGGGUUGAGUGUGCCACAAUGUGACGUCUUCCUCGGACAAUCUCCCGCCCCUCUCGAUUGUGUUUCCAUUCAUUUCGACUCGAUGUGCUAGUUUGAAGUUGCCAAUAUGUAUGUCACAUAUCAGAAUGUUUAUUUUUGCCUUUUAAACACGAUGAUACCUCUGAGGUUAAUGCCACGGUUGAUAUAUUUGAGUUAUUAUCUGGGAAAUUGCACUAGAAAAUCGGCAGCUUUACACUUUCAAACAUUAUGGCCGCAAAUGAAGUUUUUUUGGGGGGGGGGGUAAAAAUUUGCAACAAAAACAAGUGUAUUUUUUUCCCCCAAGACAAAAAGGGGAAUAUUUGCAAAAACAAAGACAUAUUUUGUCGUAUUUUUCCAAGUAAUAUUAAAUCCACUGUUUUAAUAGUUUAAAAACUUAUUUGAACACAUUAAUUUCCAAAAUAAAAAAUAGGGUAUUCCAUACAAUUUGGCAUUUAUACUUAUUGGUCCUGUUUACCAAUGUAAAAAAAAAAAACAAAAAAAAACAAUUCUGGAUUUUUUUUUUGCGUGCAAUUUUUGCAUCGAUUUUAAUUUGUUAUUUUCUUAAUGAAUGGAAACACAGUUGUGUUCUGUCUCUUCUCGGCCUUGGCAGUAAUGCCCACAUGCUCGGGGGUUUGUAUAAACGUACGUGCGUCUUUGUUAUCAUAUCAUCAUAAUAUCAAUUCUCAUGUUCAAAACGACACCAUCUCCUCUCACGUUGUUUGAGCAUAAAGAGCCCAGUGGUCAAAAACGCAAAGAAUAUACACAUCCUGUUAAUUGUCCAAAUAAAAUGUCUUUUUAUUUUUUUCCUUCAAUGUGAAUGAACGGUGUCUGAACUAUUAUGGAACGUUGAUGAUCAAAAUGUGAUAUCCUCCUUCUAUAUUAAUUGAAUUUAAAGCUGUGGGACCAAUAUGACAUAUCUUGCUAACCCGUUAGUUUUUUAUUGAUUAUGGUAGCAAAUAGUGUGAACUGCCAAAUUGUGACACUUUUCUAUUGUAGCAGUGCCAACAUGGCCGACACAUGUGUGUGUUUGUAUUUGGUCGCCCACUGCGUUCCACAUCAUUAGGACGGCAGGUCAGCAUAAAGGAGCUCAUUACAGCGCUCUGAAAAAUCCGAUCUGUUUUUGAUCCGCUGCCACGGGGGUUCAGAGUUGACUUUAUUUUUACUGUCACUUCCAGGAAGGCCACGACAAUUUUAUUUUAUUUAUUUUUUAACCCGGCCAGCUGCACGACGCAGCCUCGCUCGGCCAGUGGUUUAUAUUUUUAUGGGGAAUUGUAAUUUGAAAUUGACAAAAAAUAAGCUCCAAAAUCAAAUAGAGUUUUUGUUAAGAGGUUCCUAAUUUCAUGAAAAGAAUGUACUCGGAUACAAAAAUUUCCAAGCCUGUUCAUUGAAAUGAUUUCAUAUGAGCUCAAGUUGUGUGUAUGUGCGCGUGUUGCCUUUCUACAAAUGAUAACGUGAGGUGUUUAACACACUAAAGACUUUUGUUUACUAAAAAGCGAUCCAAAUAAUAUAUCGUAUGCUCGUCAUAUCUUCUGAACAAUGUGCACUAUGUUUGCAUGUACAGUUUUGACAAAGGAUGCACCGGUUCGUUAUUCUUUUUUUUUUUCAAUACAACUGUGUGUUCCGAAAUAUAUGAAAAAUAAUUGUACAAAAAUGGCCUUAACUGAUCUUUUCUGGAAAUUGUGCGAUGCCUUCUCUCGAGAAAUGAUUUUGCGUCAGUGUUCUAUUGUGAUUUCUUUGCACUUAUUUUUGAAGAAGUGGAAAUGCGUUUUUUUUUUUUUUAAACAGUGAUUAAUAAUCGGAGAAAGCAUGGCUGAAUACUGAUUGUCUUAUUAUAUAUGAUAGAUGACUAUUUCUGUAUUGAACUAUGGAUUUUUAAAUAAAUAUUCAUAUGAAAAAG